AUGGCUGAAAAACAUAAUAUCUAUGGAUACAACCCUUCCCUUCCCGCUGCUAUCAUCUUUAUCAUUCUCUUCAGCGUCACAACCGCUUACCAUGGCUAUCAACUUACAAAGUCACGAUGCUGGUACUUCAUUCCAUUCGUGAUUGGAGGAAUCUUCCAGGUCAUCGGAUACAUUUGUCGAGCCGCAUCGCAUGAUAACUUCUAUGGAAUCCCCCUAUAUGCUAUGCAGACUCUAUUCAUCCUGCUCGCUCCACCACUGUACGCAGCAUCGAUCUACAUGAUCCUCGGGCGAACAGUGACCUAUCUCCACGCCGAGCACCUGAGUCUAGUGCCAGUAAAGUGGAUGACAAAGAUCUUCGUGGGCGGGGAUGUGUUCUCGUUUCUGUUGCAGUGCUCUGGCGGUGGCCUCAUGGCUUCAGCAGGCUCGAUGCGUGAAACCGGCUCGAACAUAACAAUCGGUGGCUUAGUCGUCCAGCUUCUAUUCUUCGGUUUCUUCGUGGUUGUUACCACGGUCUUUCACUUCCGAAUCUUGCGUCAACCAACCUCCAGAUCACAGUCAGAUCGCGAUCAAACCCGCGGUGGCGGCUUCAAACAACGCAAUUGGUUCACCAUCCUUGUUGGGCUUUACAUUGUGAGCUUCCUGAUUCUGGUGCGGUCUGUGUUCCGUUUGGUGGAAUACAAAGAAGGUUAUGAUGGGUACACCAUGACGCAUGAGGUUUUCAUGUACAUCUUCGACGGAGUCUUGAUGCUUAUCGCCAUGGCCGUUAUGAAUGUGUACCACCCCGCUGAGAUCCUUGGGAAUGGGAAAGGUGAGAAUCAGGAGUAUUUGGGUGCGACGCAGCUUGAAUAG